ACAAAGGAGGUACAGUAGUUUCAUUACAUUUUGUAACUGUAACAUUCUAUUAGUGUUCGGACUUUAGUCUGAAUUACAAAAUUACAGCUAAAGAUUUGACUUCAAACCAAAGACUGAAACAAAACGUCACAGAAUGAGUUCAGAUUUCAAAUCUACCCCGGGCCGGACUUGGCGCGUGGCGGACGUGACGACGGGGACAGACGGAGCCCGCCAAAUUAGCAUAUUGAGCGCGUUUUCUCCGCGUGCCGCUACGUCCGCCAAUCACGAGGACGUCAGCCACAAACCACGCCUGCGCGCUAAGUCCCAGCAGCCACAAACAAUAGUUGGAGCUUCAGUCGCUCGCGCUCACGCGCGGAGUUUGCUAUUAGUUUGCAGAACUAGUUUCGGGUUUUCAGCGGCGCAAGUUAAAUAGUAAGUCGACGAGGCAAACGUUGGGCCAAAGUUCGGUUCUUGUCGGAGGUUCGUUUGCAGGUUUGGCCACAAUGGCAGCGGUUUGUCAGCCCAGACAAGCUUUGGUGGAGAUUCCCGAACCUCAGCCCAAAACUUCAGCUGGACUAAGAAGAUCCUACUUUGAAGUUCUGAACGCGCAGCUGGACUCACCCCCACUUUCACGAGCCAGAACCCCGAAACCUUCACAGUCACUGGACCCCUCCCCCGCGCCGCUCACCAAGCAGCAGCUGGUGCAACUGAUCAGGUCGCUGGUGUUGGCCGAGCAGAGCCACGAGCCCAGGAUGGUAGCUUCCGGCAUGAAGCACCUUCAGGACGACCUUCAGCUGAAGAAGACCAACGUUUACCGUUCCAUCCCGUACUCGCGCUUCGGCUCCAACAGGGACGCUCACUGCUACCGGAAGGCGUAUCCUCACUUGCUGGCGUUCAAGGUCUCCUGUCAGGAGUGGGGCCAAGUCCUUCUAAGGAACCAGGAGUGGGACUCUUUGCUGGAGUUCUGCCUGAUGGCGUGGAGAUACACCAGCGAGUUGCCGCAGUGGGACACGGAGAGCCACAACGCCCUCAGAGAUCAGUGCUACGGCGCUCUGGCAGCUCACAAGCUCGCUGCGCUCCAGCACUACCACCCUUCCCCCAGCAGAGGGCGCGAGCUGCUCAGGAGGUUCAGCGCGGCGCAGCUGCACAGCCGCACCAUCCUGCCCUGCAUUCAGGAAAUGCAAAGGAUUAUGGGACGCACAGACGAACUGUCCACAGCUACGAGCGGAUGCGGCGAGUGGAGCCGGAGUCUCUGUGAACCCGAUGCUUUUGACGCCACACUGAGAUGCAGCGACGUGACAAAGAGGGAAAGAAAUGGCUUUAGUUCCUGUUGAAAGGCAGAGUUUGUCAUUAACAUGUUUUCUUGUAGAUUUGUAAUGAAAUGUAAAAACUCUGAAAUGUAUUUGUUCCUAUGAUCUAGUGUGUCUUCUGCCGUUGGUGUAGUUUUUUUGUCUUUAUUGCACAGUUUGUCCUGAAAACUUGAAUUUCUUUUUCAUUAAAAAUGUAUUUAAAUUA